GAACUUACUCAAUUCAGUUAUUUGAAUGAACCCUUUUGCAGAUGAAUCAUUUGCACAAGCUCAACUUGUCCUAGAACAGUGCCUGUCUACUCAAUCAGAUGACAAUUCAAAAGGAACCGUUCUUUUAUCCAUGUCUACCUUAUUAUCACAAAGAGAAAAUUCCCUCCAAGCUAUUGAGAAGCUUCAAGACAUGGAAAAACUUUCAAUUUCCUUUAUGCGUGAUAGAGUUACUGAUGCUGAAGCAUUGGCUGGAUUAUAUUUGGAGCUGGGUCAGGUGUCUUUCAUAUUGUCUAAUGGAUGGAACUGCAUCAAUGGUUGCAAAUGUAUGCUUGCAAGUCUUAGAUUCUAUCAGACUUCAACAUGGAGCUGAAUAUUGUUCAGAAGAUCUACAUGCUCGUUCUAAAGUGAUUAAAGGGCUGGUUAAACUUGCCUCCGGGGAUGUUGAUUCUGUUUAUUGAAGAACUUGUCAGCAGGGUACAAGUAGGAAGGAGGGAGGACAUUAUUCUCCCACAUUGAUAGAUUAAAAAGGUAAUGUUCUGAAUAUAAUUGAGUAGAAUUCAACCUAUAAUCGCCGGGCUCAGUAGCAUGGGCCUGUAACUCAAGCGGGGGCAUUAAUGUGAUUGGAUAAUGGGUUUGAUCAAUUGGGUGGGGUUCUGGGUUGCUAAUUGCUGGCCCGCCCGUUCCAAGCGAUGAGUUAGGGCCACGGGCUUGAGCGAAGGCUCGGGCCUGUGUACCU